UUACUAAUUUCUGUUGUUUCUUGAUGAGUGAAAAAAUAAUUUGAAAUCAAAUAAAAGGAAAGCAAUUCAUGAUGCAGAUUAUCAUUUUCAAUACAAGGCAAGAGAUUUAAUUACUUGAUAAAAUUUUAAAAUUUUACAUCUAGGCCAGAGCAGAAUUCUAGAAAACCUUCUGUUGUGUGAUAAGUACAAAAAUAUUUUUGAUAUCUCACUUGCUGUAAUUUUUUUGAAGUAGAAAAAGUUUAAUAAUUUUGGUGUUGAUUUUUUCCUUGAAAUAUGAGCUCACAAUCCUGCCGGAACUGCACAGCCAAACAGUUGUCACGGGGAAUGUACUCUAAAUAUCUAGGUUGAUGAUCAAUGUUUAUUAUUUUUCACAAAAUUUACCAUUUUAGCCUCCUUUUAUCUUUAAGUAGCUGCUUCCUCUCCUGUGUCACAGAUUCAUGAACUCUCAGAUUUCCAGGUUGAAAAAAUAGUUGAUGUUUGGUGAGAUUUUGAGUUUUAGACUUCUCUCUUGCACGUGUGGAUUCUAGUCCCUUUCAGUCAAGGGCAGUCAGUGGAGCUCAUUGUGCUCGAUGUUUCUAAUUUGGCAAUCACUGGAUUGAUAUAGUGAGUUUCUUGUUUGACAUCAAAGUAGAGAGAGGUUAGAAAUGGUUAAACCCCGUGGCAAAUGUUCCCAUAUGAUAAAAAAUAAGUGGUAUGAAAUAGAGUGUGCAGAAGAUGUUCUCGCUGAUAUUCUCUCAAGGCUUCCAGUUAAGUGGCUUUUACUAUGCAAGUCUGUUUGUAAGCUUUGGAAUCGAGUCAUAAGCAGUCAACUUUUCAUUGAUUUCCAGCUAAUGCAAUCUAGAAAAUGCCCCUGUUUUAUAAUUUAUCCAUACCGGGAUCUGCAUCUGCAGCUAUAUGUUAUGAAGGCCACUGAGCUCAAAACAAUGUUUACAUCUCCAUUUUGGGAAAAUGAUUACAAUCUUUGCAUAAUUGCUUCGGUUGAUGGUCUGAUCUUUUGUGUCAACCAUGCCGUACUAGGUAACACAACUGAUAAGGAUGGGAAUGACCUGGAAAUCCGUAUCUACAAUCCAGCUACUAAAAAUGUUCUAUUACUUCCAAGAGGUAGUCCUAGCAAAAAACUACCGCGCAUUGGAGUUGCUUUUGGUCCUAAAAUCAAUGAAUACAAAGUAUUCCGGUUUUUCUGUGCCAAGCACAAUCCUCCAGCUGAAGGCAAAUCUCGACCUAACUAUUAUUGUGAGGUAUAUUCAUCUAGCACUGGAUCUUGGAGGGUUAUAGGUCAUCCACCAGGAUUUCCCAUGCCUGCUAACCAGGGUCCUCUGCUGGGCUCCAACCAUAUUUUCCUCAAUGGGAAGGUACAUUGGUUUGUUGCUUCAAAAGAAGAUAGGAAGGUCCCUGGCUCCAUCCUGACAGUUGAUGUGGAGGAAAAUUUUGGCAAAAUUGACCUUCCACAGAAGAUCACUAAAUGCUCAUAUUUGGUCAACCUUGAAGGUUGUUUAUCACUUCUUGUUGUAUAUGAUGAGAGCCGAAUGUUGGAUAUCUGGAUUUUAAAAGACUGCCAUAAGCUCAAAUGGGAAAAGAAAUGCAGUGUUCUUUCUCCCUUCUCAGAACUCGAACCCAUUAGUGCUGUAGUUGCAUUGAAGAGUGAAAUUCUCUUUAUGACUGACUUCCAUUAUCUACUCUAUAAUGUGGAAGACAGGAUUUGGAGAAAUCUUGUUAAUAUGCCUGACCCCUUGGAGCAGAGGAGACAUCCUGCUCUGUUUACGUAUACAGAAAGCCUUCUCUCAACUUAUGGUCGACGCUCAGAUCCUGAGGCAGGGGACACCUCCAAUGGAAGCAGCACCUAAUACUCUUUUCUCAUGAAAGUAGCUUCCAGAUCUGAACAAACGACUCCCACCAUGUGUGUUCUCUAUGUGGUGCUCUCUCCUGCUUUCUGUUUGGAAUAAAGUGUCGUGUGGAGGAUCCUUCAUCUGCGCGACAGUAGUGUUUCAUAUUUGCAUUAUUAGAGUUUACCUUUUUCAUAGUUGAAGUAAGGCUGUGCUGGUUGCAUUUGCUUUUCCCUCACCCGUACAGUAUACUGAGUUUGACAUUGGUGAUUAAUGUUUGUCUCAGUGGAUUUAAUGUUAUAUUUUGCUCAGACAUUAAUGUUUAACAUUAGAAUAAUGUACUCAUGGAUGU